AUGGAGCUUCGAGUGCUUAUUUAUGUAGAUGAUUUGCUGGUGUGUGGAAAUGAUGAGAAGCUUGUGACUAAGUUCAAAGAUUACUUGAGCAGAUGUUUCCACAUGAAGGAUUUGGGGAAGUUAAAAUACUUUCUUUGCAUAGAAGUAGGACGUGGCGAAGAAGGGUUCGUGCUGUCACAGAGGAAGUAUGCGUUGGACUUGGUUGCGGAUGCGGGAUUACUUGGUUCGAAGCCAGUAGCAACUCCCAUGGAGCAACGUCAUAGGUUGAGUUUGGACUCAAGUAUGUUUCUUAAAGAUGUAGAGAAGUAUAGGAGGUUAGUGGGGCGUUUGAUCUACUUGUCCAUCACUCACCCUGACAUAUCAUAUUCAAUACACAUUCUGUCGCAGUUCAUGAAAAGUCCGAGAGAAUUGCAAUGGGAAGCUGCACUUCGGGUAGUGAGAUAUCUGAAAGGAACUGCAGACUGGUCGGCUUGUUCGGAGACACGGCGAUCGUUGAGUGCUUAUGUAGCUUUUGUGGGUGACUCACCCGUGUCAUGGAAGACAAAGAAACAAAGAGUGGUGUCGCAUUCAUCAGCAGAAGCUGAGUAUAGGUCUAUGGCUCAAGCUAGUCGGGAAGUAAAGUGGCUUAGGAGGCUGUUGUGUGAUUUGGGAGCUCCGCAACGUCAACCUUCGAAGAUGUAUUGUGAUAGUAAGUCUGCAAUUCAUAUCGCAGCCAAUCCGGUGUUCCAUGAACGUACUAAACAUAUAGAGUCAGACUGUCAUCAAGUUAGAGAUGCGAUUCAAGAUGGGUUGUUGGAGACAGUGCAUGUUCGUACGACAGAGCAGUUGGCAGACGUGUUGACGAAGGCACUAGGGAGAGUUCAGUUUGAAGAGUUGUUGUUCAAGUUGGGAGUUCGAAACUUUCAUCUUCCCAACUUGAGGGGGAGUAUUGGAGUAGAUAAUGAUGAAGUUAGAUAA